AUGAGAGACGAAGAUUUCGUUGGUUGGGAACGAAUGCUGGAGGGGACCGCGAAGGGUAGAGAGGUCAAACAGCGCAAGGAAGAACAUGUGGAGGAAGAGAACCCUUUCAAAUAUGGCAACUGCCUGCGCAUGAUUGAGAAAAUGACGGAUCAAGAACGCGCCCGAUACAUUGCUUUCGCAGAGUCCAAGCGGGCUGAAGUGAAUAGGUAA